ACUAGGGUUCCGCCCAUUAGCAAAGGCUGAUUUUUAGAUGUUUCAAAGCUGACCAGUCAUGUGUUUGGCUACAGUUUUUUUAAAGGCUGUUUUAGGUUGAUAUGAUAAUCUAACUUUAAAGUUUGCUUCUCAGUUACGUGAUUUAACUACUGCCUAUUACUUCGACACAUUUAAAAGUCUUGAAAAGGAAGACGUUUUGGUUUAAAAAAAGAGUGAAAGUGAAAUGGACGGUGCAGAAUCUGCUACAACAUGGACCACCGCAGACCUCCUGAAGCUUGUUGGUCGCAUUAGGCGCAACACCCCAGAAAGUGAGAAAAGGUCGAGUUAUCAGGUUGGACUAUUGUCUGUAAACUGGGAUAAAACAGCAUUCCGUCCCUAUUCUGCAAAGGAAUGCCAUGACAUGUGGCAAAAGGUGAUGAAAAAGAUGCGGAAAUGUCGGAGCCUGCCGGACCUCAUUGCCGAAGCUGAAGAGGGCGUUUCCAAGCCUCUCCUUCACAGAAGGCGUGAAUAUGAGAAGAGGCACGUCCUUGGAUGUGUGAAGCCUUGGAGAAAAUUCGACAACGUUUGUGAAGACAACAAUCUACAUUGUACUCGAAAAUCUAGAAAGGCAAAACUCUCCGUAAUUGAUGGUCUGCCUGUGAAGCCACCCCUAGAUUCUUUGUCUCUGUUAAUCGAGGAGAAUGCUGCAGAAAAACCUUCAUUGGGUUCGGCUUUCUUCAGUGAGAUGAAGAAACGCUGGAGAAAACUGGAUGCAGCAGAGAAGGAUGAAUAUUACACACGCUGUCUAAAGAUGAAGCAUGAGUAUAAUGACAAGCUGAAGGAAUAUUUGGAUCGCUUUGAUGAGACAGAGAAGCAGCGAUUCAUUAAAGAACAAGAUAUCAGAUUUUUGAAGGUGAAGCCUCUGAGGACGUCGCCCUGUGAGCCCAAGAUGCCCAGUCAGAGUAUAUUUACAUACCUUGCCAGAGAUAAGAGGAUGUCUUCAGCCAAAUCUAAAAAUCUUUUGCACAAGCUCCCUGUGAAGGAGAAGGAACGUUACAAAGAACAGAUGCGUUCAGACAUGGAGCGAUACUCAGAAAACCUGCGAAAGUGGUUCAAGAAACUGACCCCAGAAGAGCAAACAAAAUAUUUGAUACAAAAACCCAACAAAUUGCAGUUCCUCGAUGCCAAAAAAAAGCAGGUGUGCGACAGAGAAGAGCUAAAUUUGAGUCAGCCUUCUGACUCGGAGGAUGAAGACAUCAUGGAGAUCAGCAGUGAAGAUGAUAUUUGGAGCAGUUAUGAGGAUGAGAGUGGAGAGGACUGGGACAUGUUUGAGAUGCAUCGCUGAUGAACAGAAUCAGAACCUUCACACUGCUGUAGGCAAACUUGAUGAACACUUUAUCAACUGAACUGGAGAAAUGCUGCUUGUAAAGUUACAUCAUUUGUGUGGCAGAGAUACUUCUCAAUAAUGUUCACUUGUACAGUUGUUAUAGCUACUUCAAGAAUAUUUUCAUAGUUUUAGAGUGAGUUCCUGGGAGUAUCUGUGUUACCAGUUUUGUUACCAUUUUUUAAAUAUCGACUGUCAAGAAGGAAGUUUACAGUAGAACAGAAACGGUCAUUUUCUUGUUCACGCCAUGAUAAUUUUACAUUUUUCAAGUGCUUUUUUUAGUUAAUUCAGCUCUUGGUUAGAAAGAUUUAAACUGUAAAAUUCGUAUUCAUUAAGGAGAAUUGGGAAUGUAAUUAAUGUCAAUUUAAAAUUCAGUUGUUUUUGUCACUUUGUACGUGAACAUGUUAUACAAGCAUGGGAUAUGUCAGGGAUGAUUUAAUUAAAGAAAUACUGAAAAAUGAA